AUGUCCGCUGAUUCACCUGUCAUUCUCAUCUUUGGCUAUGGUUCCAUUCUUUGGAAGCAGGAGUUCGAGUACACCAACAGCUAUCCCUGCUACAUCACCGGAUAUCGCCGGGUCUUCUACCAGGGCAGCAGUGAUCACCGCGGCGUCCCCGGCAAACCCGGCCGGGUCGUCACACUUCUCCCGAGUGCGGAGCCCAACGCCACAGUUGCCGGCGUGGCGUACGAACUCCCAGCCGAGAAGACCGCACGGGAGAAGGUGAUUGCCCAACUCGAUCACCGUGAAAGGGGCGGAUACACACGCGUAGAGGUGAUUCCAUAUAAUCUUUACACCCGUGAACCACUGCAGAUUGCCGCUCAGGCGGUGUGUUUGUGUUACAUGGCGACGGAGGAUAAUAGUGAGUAUUUAGGCCCAGAGACGGAGGAGAAUAUCGCGGCGCAGAUAUUAGAGUGUGCGGGUGGUAGUGGGCCGAAUUCGGAGUAUCUCUUUAAACUCGCCCAGGCACUUCGGGAUCUGGAUGAAACGGACCCUCAUGUAUUUGCCAUUGAGGCAGCGGCAAAAAAGAUACAGGAGGGUUAG